AUGGGAUACAGCGAGACUCGGCGGCUCCACGUGAGCGUCCCCAAGCUGGCGGGAAAAGCAAACUGGACGGUCUGGGCACCUCGAGUCAUGGAACAUCUCAGAGUGACGGACAAAAACUUUAUUAAUAUUGUCCUCGGCAAAUCACUGUGCCCUCCCAAGCCAGAAGAUGAAUCUCUCUCAGACGAGCAACGUGCAAAGAUUCAGAAAAAGAUCAACCUCUGGAAAGCAUUCAACUAUCGAGCCCGCAUCCAUCUUGGAAACACGCUGAACGCUGAAACUGGAGCCCAAGUCCAACAUCUUAGCGGCGCCAACGAAGCUUGGGAGAAAUUGAAUGAGCUAUAUGCCGAAGACGCAGGCGCGGCUACCGAUCGCUGCUGGGCUGAGUUUAGCAAUUUGCGGUAUAAGACCUCCAACGUGAAGGCCCCAGAGUUCAUUCGCAUGUAUCAACUUGCGCUGUGGCAGCUCAGGCUUGCAAAGAUAGCUGCUCCUCAUCAGCUCCAGAUCUCCGGCUUCGUUCAAGCUGUGAAUGAUCCGAUGUUCUCCGACUUCCUCAACAAGUUGGAUAUCGACAGAGCCAGUCCGGAUAGUAUCGACACCGUCUACGCUUGCUUCCUCCAGUUUGAGACUGAAAAGAAUGAGGAUCAGCCACUUGACCUCGAAGUCUUUGGGGCUUCGCAUGACAUGAGCUCGGCUCCGCCAACCGCCCCUGUCAACAACGUGAAGGAAAAGGAGAACCGAACUCCCCCAAAGGGCUCAAAGUCCCAGAAAUCGUCAAAGCAGAGGUCUACCUGGGCAACGAACUCUGGACAUUCCAACAAGAAGCGCCCGAACCCGAUGCAGCCCACUGAAACUCAGACGACUGAAGGAAACAAGAGGGCUCGAAUUAGCGAGACUCAAGUCGAGGCGGAUUCGACUGCAUUUACACCAGCGCGAUCUGAAUCUCCGUCAUUUGUGACCGAGGAGGAAGAGAACAAUCUCGAGGCAGAGAAUCCGCGCUCUGUUCUGCCCACUUCGAGAGAUUCGCAACUUCUUGCUUAA